CUAACUCAUUCCAUAAACUAUAAGAAACGACCCAUAAUGUCGCCAUUCAGAGGGUACCCAACAGAGUAAUUAAGAAAUGCCAUUGACCUAUCAUCACAAACUACCAAACAAUGGCCCCAUCGAAUGCACCCCCUCCCAAAACUCAAAAUUCAUCCUUCACAGCUUACGAAAUCCAAUUUAACCAAACCAAGAGCAAGAAUUCCCCACAAAGACACAAUCUUUGCCGGAAACCCAAGGCCAACCCUCUCCCCAAAACUUACAAUCCAAUUCCCCGAAAACACUAGUUCAGGAAAACCCCAAUUCAUAAAUGCAUUUACCGAAAAUCUCAGAUCCACCUAAACAAUAACCUAACUGACCUUAAAAGCUAGAUUUAUCCUAACCCUCGCCGCUUCCGCACCGUCAAAUGUUGCAACCACCACGUCACCUCGCCGAUUUGCUGACCGUCGACCUCUCCCCUCCUUACCGUCACUUACGCUACCUCGCCGCCUGUUCAAUGAGGAAUAGAGAGUUGAGAAGGCGAGGAGAAGAAAAGAAGGGAAGUCGCCCAAAUUAUUGUUCGGCCGUGUUACCGUCUUUUUAUGUACAUUUUUUUUGUUGUUGUAAAAAUUAAACUGUUAGGGGUGGGUUUGUGACCUGACCCAAUGUUCAGUGACUAUUCAUGCAAUUGUCAUUCAUCCGUUAGUUGGUAACGGUUUUCACAGUAACCGGACAGGACCAGAGGCCGGGUCUCUGAGAUUUCGGUCCGAUCCUCUUUUGACAAAAACGAAUCACAGAGAGUGAAAAUUUUGCCUAAAUGGUGGGUGGGUUCAAGCGUGUUCGUUAAUUGAUUGAUCCCUUCAUUAGUUGGUGCGAGCUCCUCGAUUCCUUCCCCUUCACCCUAGCCGCUGCAAUCGCCCCUUAUUCCAUCGCCGACAUCGAAUAGGCGUCCUGAUAGAGCGAGAGGAAGCAGAUACAGCCGCCGGCUUACGACGGUUGCUGUUAUUAUCUUUACCGGCCACCACCGCCAGUUGCGUAACUCCGUUUGUUAUCUUUGAAGACAUAGCUUGGUGGCGAUCCCAGCUGAAUAAAAGGAGCGAUCAAUCUAGAGAGUGAGUUGGGCGCCGGUUCGGUGAGCUGCGGCUGCUACCCCUGGUUUGAAGCUUGCUGGCCCGCCGUCGUCGGGAACUGUCCUCGCUCGACGUUACCAUCGUCCCAGCUCGUCCUCUCUGACUGUGAGUGAAAACUUCUGAUGAAGAAUAGCGUGUUUCAUACUAUGAAACGAUGAAGCAGCUAGGUGUUGUUGAUUGUUGUUUCUGUUAGUGGAUGAUAAGUUGAAGCUGGGAAGCAAAAUGAUAGUGGUUCGCGGCUGUUGUGAGUGCUAGGGGAGUGAUUCAGAAUUCAAAGCUUGGUUCUUUUCGUUUAUCUUCCAUUUUUCUGAUGGUUAGAAUGUGAAGAUUGCUAGGAUGUAGUUGUAACUUGUAACUAUAACCUAGGGGCAGAAUGCUGGUAAAUGGUUGUGUUCUUUUGGUCGAAUGUCUCCUUUCCGCUUCAUUAUUCAAUCUUCAUAUGCUCUGCAGGUGUUCGCGUUUUGGAAGUUUGGCAAACCAUUUGGGUAGCUAGUGCGGAGUAAAGAAGGGUCAGGAUAGAGGAAUGGAUUUCUCAGAGCAAGAUGUGGAUAUCUUUGGGGAAGAAUAUGAACAAGAUGACAAAGAAGAGAAAGAGGACAACGGGACCCACCGUUCUUCCUCGUCUUCCUCUUCAUCCUCUUCAUCCGCAGCAUCCGGAUCAUCAGGUUCUUCAUCGUCUGGAGCUUCCUCUUCGUCUGGGGGAAAGAGCAGUGGGAGUGGCAGUAGCAGUGGGGAAGAUGAAGACAAUGGUGAAGAAGCGGUGGAGAGUGAUAAGUACCAUAAUUAUAAGGAUAGUAACAAUACCGAUGACUAUAAUGAGGAGAAAGAUCUCUUUGGAGAAGACAACCUAGAGUAUAUGAAGACCACUGCAAUUAGCCAACAUCCAAUUCCUGUGUUGCCUGCUAUACGUGCCCCCAGUAAUCCGGGUAGAGGGGGAUUUGGACGUGGUCGUUGGCCAAAUGACAGAGGAGCUGGGCUCCUGCCUAGACCGGGUUAUCCUCCUAGGCAGGGCUAUGGCGGAUAUGGUAAUAAAUUUCAAAAUGGUCAUCGUGAUGAACGGUUUGUCUCUGAACUGAAGUUUUCAAAGAGUGAAGAAACCUUAUCAAGAAAGCAAGUUGCUUUUCAAGCGCCAUGUGAGCUUGGUUGCUAUAGUCGCAUUGAAGGCGGAGAAGUCAUAUUUACUGAUCGCAACUUGAGGCUCUUUAAGCGUCUAAUAUCUGAAGAUAUUGGAGCGGAUCUUAAUCAAGGCUUUGAUACUUUCAUUGAAAAGAAAGAUUUGGGCUCUGAAGGGUUCGGCGACCUCCUUGGUUGUAUAAGGGAGAAAAAUAUUCCGCUGCAAAAUAUGCAUUUCGUGACUUUCCGGAACAACCUAAAUAAGAUCAUGCAAACUGCUUAUAUUCGACACGAGCCAUGGGAAAUGGGGGUGCAUAAGAGGAAUGGAGUUGUGUACCUUGAUGUACAUAAACUUCCUGAACGACCCCAGAGUGACUUCGAAAGAAAGAGGUGUUACUGGGGAUAUUGUUUUGAGACCUUAGCCACUGAAGAUCCAGGAAGAGCUGAUGGAGAACCUAUACAUCAUGUUGAUGCUAACGUGGAGUAUUGUGCUAUGUUUAAAACCAAGUUAGGGGCUCAUCGCAUAUUGAUGGGUGCUGAAAUGGAUUGUUGCGAUUCUACUGAUGAUGGAAGGAGGUUUUAUGUGGAGUUGAAGACAAAUCGUGAGUUGGAGUAUCAUACAGAGGAAAAAUUUGAGAGGGAGAAACUGCUCAAGGUUUGGAUUCAAUCAUUCUUAGCUGGGGUUCCUUACAUCGUGAUUGGAUUCAGGGAUGAUCACGGCCGACUUGUACGAACAGAGAGGCUAAAAACUAAAGAUAUAACACAAAGAGUGAAAAUGAAGAACUACUGGCAGGGAGGUGUCUGUCUAGCGUUUGCAGAUGAGGUACUAUGCUGGCUCUAUGGAACAGUGAAAGAAAACGAAGAUUACAUACUGCAGUUUGCGCACCCUUUCAUGCGGUUAGAGCUUCUACAAGCGCAAUCUUGCCCCGAAGCUAUCACUAACCAUGUUAGUCAGUUGUGAGAAGCUCGUGUAUACAUACAGACCCUUUGUACUUUUGUAUGGCCUUCAAUCUGAAAGAUCAUCCAUACACGACUAAGUUAAGUCCGUAGGAUUCGGACUCCUGGAAGUUGGUUGCCAAUACAAUUGAGACAAGACUUGUUACUUAGUCUGUUUAAAGCUAAAUAACAGGUUACUUGGGAAAAUCUCCCUGUGGGGGUGGCUUUUGCCCGAGGUAGCAAAUUGGAUUGUCGAGUGGCUUUAGGUCUGGGGGGAUUUUGUUAAUGGGCUACGUGAAUUGCAAGUUAUCCCAAUUUCAUUUUUUGCUAGUAAGACCCCCCAUUAUCUAUGGCUUCUUUUAUAAAUUAACACUGUAAUCCAAGUGCAUCAAGUUUCUUGAACAAUAUCGAAACUAAAUGAGAAAUUGAAAA